UACAUAUAUUAAUCAUACAUACUACUACCUAACAUUAUUUAUUUAUUUACUUGCUGCUAAAAAAACCUGUAAUCUUCCAAAAAUUGUGAUUUGAUAUCAACACUAUAUUUACAUAAAUACAUAUGAAUUGUUAUUAACAAUGUUAUUACUAUUUAAUUAUAAACAAUUAUAAAAGCAAUAAUGUGGGUAUUCGGAUAUGGUUCGCUUAUUUGGAAAGCCGAUUUUCCAUACGAAAAAAUUCUUGUUGGUCACAUUAAAGGAUACGUCAGAAGAUUUUAUCAGAAAAGUACAGAUCAUAGAGGAGUACCUGACAGACCUGGUCGCGUUGUGACGUUACUUUCUUCAGAUAAUCUUAACGACCAAGUAUGGGGUAUCGCAUACAAAAUAUCACCUCAAAACAUAGAUACAGUCGUCAAACACCUGGACUACAGGGAAAAAGGAGGUUACGAAAGAAAAAGUGUUCUCUUUUAUCCAUCCCAUUCGCUGGAAGAUAUUGGAUCAUCUUUAUCAGCAAAUAAUAGUUUUCACAUUAAUUUUGAAAGUAAAAAGUUAUCACCUGUAUCUUCGGAUAUCAUACCAUUUUAUAUCACAAUUUACAUAGGAGGAGAAGAUAAUCCAAAUUAUGCAGGUGUAGAAGAUAUACAUACAAUAGCGAAACAAAUACUUGUAUCUCAUGGUCCUAGCGGGGCUAAUACAGAGUAUUUGUAUAAAUUAGCAUCUGCAAUGCGAAUAAUAGCAUCAGGUAUAUACGAUGAGCAUUUAUUCGCAUUAGAAACAGCUGUAAGAACAUUGGAGCAUGAACGAACCAUAAGAAUAGAAAGAAAUCAAAAUCUAUCCGCUGACCAAAACAGAUGAAGAAUUGAUUUAAUUAGAGGACUUAAAUUUUAGAUAAUUUCACGAAGACUUUGUAUUUAUUAUACGACAAAUUAAUAAAAUUAAAAAUGUACACGUAAAA